AUGAGAUUUGGCCAAAAAGGAAAGCUUAGUCCCCAAUUCAUUGGACCUUAUGAGAUACUUGAAAGGAUUGGACCAGUUGCAUAUAAAUUAGCUUUGCCACCGGAGUUGGAGAAGAUCCACAUUGUCUUUCAUGUUUCUAUGCUCAGAAGAUAUCGUUCUGAUCCAUCGCAUGUUCUUCCAGUUGAAUCUAUUGAGGUUAAUCCUGACUUGACAUAUAAUGAAGAACCUAUCCAGAUUGAAGCUCGAGAAGUAAAGCAACUUAGAAACAAGAGAAUUCCCUUAGUAAAGGUGCUUUGGAGGAACCAUUCUGGAAAGGAAGCUACCUGGGAAAGAGAAGAAGACAUGAGGACCCAGUAUCCGCACUUAUUCCGGACUAGUGUAAGGUUGAUCUUGGUACCUUGGUUACCUCUUGUCACUUUGCAUUGUCGUGUUGGUAUUCUUAAGACGUUAAAGACGCUUGUGUAA